AAUAUGUGCUAAAAAUAUUUGAAUUUUUAGACUACGAUGCCGUGUCUAUCGGCGAUGUUUCCGUUGAUCUUCCUGCUGGCUGAAAUCAACGCGGCUGGCAUCGGCGAGGCUUGGCAGGUUACGCCAUACGUGAAAUCGCUCACGAAUCCGUUUCGACCACGACUGGACUCCUCGGCGUUCGAAGUUCGCACCGUAAGCGGAAUAGGCCGUCUGGCUCCGCUCGACGAAACGCGAAACACUCAGAAGCGUCCGGACCUCACGACACCAGGUCUCGUAGGACCGAACGUCCUUUCAGACGGAACCAAUGAAGCCCUUCGCGAGAAUAAAAACCUCGAGCAAUUUCGAAAACUCUUGGAGGACUCGUACGAUAAUGGCGAGGCUGACGAUGUCGUCGCAGGCGGUGCCGUACCUAUUCAAAGGAUUUUCCACAAGACGCUCAUGAUGAGAAUCCUGCAUGCGGACAAGGAAAACGAUGACGACGACGACGACGACGACAAGCAAGCCACGAGGGGGAUCGUACAGCGUAUUCGCAGGCAAGCGGAGAACGACACGAGCAUGGAGAAGAUCUCGACGACGAAGAACGUGCGCGAGGCGCGUAUGAACUCCCCCGAAGCAUGGUCGACCGCGACGCAGCCGAUCUCGGUGGAAUUUCGUCAACGUAUCCCCUUGGAUCAGGUGAUCCAGCAGCAGCAGCAACAGGAGGAGGAAGAGGCCGCGGCUCUGUCCAGCAUCUAUCGCAGAUAUCAGCCACCUAGGGCGGACUUCGUGACGGGCCAGCAACAUCGACGCUACCCAGACUAUCGCGAGUCCAGGGAUCUGCCGAUCACCAAGACUUACGACGACUACGAUCCGAUGUCCUGGUACAGGAACGCGAUACGCGAGAGGGAUUACGAGUAUCCGUCGUAUCGCCGUGGAUACAGCUACCAGUAUCCCGAUCGCUACAGGAUGGAGAGGGACUAUUACAUGCGGAUGCCGAGCGAUCAGUAUUACUACGAUCGUUACGAUCGUUACAGAGAUGACGACCUCGAUCUUUACGGCAGAAAUCGACCCGCGCCGAAGCCUAAGCGGGUCAUCUACUACGCCACCCUGCCGGAAAUCGUGAGGAAACCGGUGGACCUGAGGAACCACCCGCGGUACGACGCGGGUGCGGCUAGAACGUCGGUCACGCGGGACGGUACUUACAAACGCAUACCCGGCAACGUCGAUCCCAGCAAGUAUCGGUACAACAAACAGUCGUACAGCGGCUACGAUCCCUACACGAAGAGGUCGAGCUAUUACGAUCGUACAUAUGGAUAUCCCGAGGACGAUUCACGACGAGUCCGAGUGUCCACCAAAGACGACUUGAGAAACGACAGAUUCGGCAGCGCGAACAACGAGCGGAAAGUGAGCAACCUUAUAGCGAUCAGGGACGAUGACUCGGGUAAGCUGCCUUGGCCAGUGCAGAUCGGCACGGAGGUCAGCAUCAAGGAUGACGACAGAAUCUCCGGUCGAAAGAUCUUCGGCGAGUCGAGCAUCGGCUACGAGAGAUUCCAGAGUGCACAACUGCAGAAAGCGCCGGAUGCGACGGGAUCCGGCGAGCAGAGCGAGCUUCAGAGCGACAAUUAACAGUCGAGGACUACGUCCGUUUACUUUUUUUUUUAAAUUUAUAUUUACUUCUUGAAGAAUUAUAUAGUCGCAAUAUGUCAUCAAAAUUACAGUUUUGGAAACGCAAUUUUGAGAUAUGUAAUAUCAUAAGAUAUUCAAGCAAUAUCGAAUACGUAUAAAAAUAAAUAUUAUACAUUUCAGGGUAUCUUCCAUUUAGCAUUGUCUUUGCUAUCACUGAAUGUUGAAAAAAGAUAGAAUAAUGCUUGUGUCGACUUGGAUAAAUGGAAGGCAUCUUUAAAUACUACAAUAAAUGAUUUGGAAAUAUAUAAUAAUUAGAAAAAAACAAAAGUUACAUUUGAACAAUUUAGCAGGUGUCGAUAAAAUUUAAUUUUAUCACUGCAAUCAAGCUCAUUAAAUAUUUAAGAGGUAGCUUUUUAAAAAAAGAUUAUCUCUUGGUAAUGCUCGGAAUGCUGCAGGGUUUACAUUUUUUUAUAUAGAUAUUUAGUUUUGAUAAGUAUUUGAUAUAGAUUGCCAAGCAUUAUUUCCUGUCAACAAUACAUCCUGAAAUGGAUUGUCACUAUAAACUGUUAAAUUUCGUAUAAACAAAUACAGCAUUAUUGAAUGUAUAAUAUAAGAUAAGAAAUCAUUAAACCUUAAUCGUUAAUUGAUUAUUAAUUCCAU